AUGGGGCAAGGAAAAUGGAACAGAUGGCAGGACAAUGAGAAUACAGAGGAGCAGGAUAACAAGGAUAUAGAUGAGCAGAAGAAUACAGAGGAGCAGGAAAAUACAGAGCAGCAGGAGAAUACAGGGGAGCAGGAGAAUGAGAAUACAGAGGAGCAGGACAAUGAAAAUACUGAGGAGAAUGACAAUGAGAAUACAAAUACAGAGGAGCAGGAGAAUAAGAAUGCAGAGGAGCAUGAGAAUGAGAAUACAGAGAGAACUGAGGAGAAGGACAACAAGGAUACAGAGGAGCAGGACAAUGAGAAUACAGAGGAGCAGGACAAUGAGGAUACAGAGGAUCAGGACAAUGAGGAUACAGAGGAUCAGGACAAUGAGGAUACAGAGGAGCAGGACAACGAGAAUACAGAGGAGAAUGACAAUGAGAAUACAGUAGAGCAGGGCAAUGAAGAUACAGAAGAGCAGGGCAAUAAGGAUACAGAGGAGCAGAACAAUGAGAAUACAGAGGAGCAGGACAAUGAAAAUACAGAGGAACAGGACAAUUACAAUACAGAGGAGAAGGACAAUAAAAAUACAGAGGAACAGGGCAAUUAGAAUACAGAGGAGCAGGACAAUGAUAUUACAGUGGAGCAGGACAAUGAGAAUACAGAGGAGCAGGAGAAUGAGAAUACAGAGGAGCAGGACAAUGAGAAUACAGUAGAGAAGGACAAUGAAGAUACAGAGGAGCAA